AUGUGUCAGCUGUGCUGCAAUCCAGCCGGAGAGAAGAGCUGCUGCUGCUUCAACUUGGCAAUAGGCCUUUUGAUAAUCGCGGCCUACUUCGGCGUCAUUGGCGGCUUGGACAUAUAUCAAGCAAAACAGACAAUCCCUUAUUCCGAGACGCAGUUCGUGGGUGGCAUCAUCAAUGCGGUCAUUGGGGGCUACGUAUGCCUGUGCGUUGGUCUCGGGUUCCUCAAGCUUGGACUUAUUGCCUACCUCUUCACGUUCGUGGCCUUCAUCGUGACUCUGGCCAAUGGCCUCUUCAAGUUAAUUGCUUUUAUCAUCGAUUGGGUCCACUGGGGGCGCGGCCUGUCGGACGGCACGAUCGAAUUUCAGUGGGUAAUGGUCACCUCUUCCCUUACGCAGCUUUUUACCAUCGGUGUGGUCUUUGGGUUUGCCAAUCUUUUCUGGUCAGCUGCCUGCGUCUUCAAGGCUGGCGGCAACGGGUGUGAGUUCAAGACCUACAAGCAAAUCGAGGCAGGCAAGGGAAAAGCUGCCAAGACACUCGAUGAGGAAGUGUAA